AUGUCCGAACACCAAGAAGCUGACAUCGACUCCAUUGUCGAUAGAUUGUUAGAAGUCAGAGGCUCUAGACCUGGGAAACAAGUCACUUUGUUGGAGCAUGAAAUCCGUUUUCUCUGUACUAAAGCUAGAGAGAUCUUCAUUCAACAACCCAUCUUGUUGGAGUUAGAAGCUCCGAUAAAAAUCUGUGGUGACAUCCACGGCCAGUACUACGAUCUAUUGCGACUUUUCGAAUAUGGUGGUUUUCCCCCUGAGGCAAACUACUUGUUCUUGGGUGACUACGUUGACAGAGGAAAGCAAUCUUUGGAAACGAUCUGCUUAUUGUUAGCCUACAAGAUCAAGUACCCGGAAAACUUUUUCAUUUUGAGAGGAAACCACGAAUGCGCUUCAAUCAACCGUAUCUAUGGUUUCUACGAUGAAUGUAAAAGAAGGUACAACAUCAAAAUGUGGAAAACAUUCACGGAUUGCUUCAACUGCUUGCCUAUCGCUGCUAUCAUCGACGAAAAGAUAUUCACCAUGCAUGGUGGUUUGUCCCCUGACUUGAACUCCAUGGAACAAAUUAGAAGAGUCAUGAGACCAACGGAUAUACCCGAUGUUGGUUUGUUGUGUGACUUGUUGUGGUCUGAUCCAGACAAGGAUAUUGCCGGGUGGUCUGAAAAUGAUCGCGGUGUUUCUUUCACAUUUGGGCCUGAUGUGGUUUCGCGAUUCUUACAAAAGCAUGACAUGGAUUUGAUUUGUAGGGCCCAUCAAGUCGUCGAGGACGGAUAUGAAUUUUUCUCCAAAAGACAAUUGGUCACCUUGUUCUCAGCGCCAAACUACUGUGGUGAAUUCGAUAAUGCAGGUGCAAUGAUGAGUGUGGAUGAGAGCUUGUUGUGCUCGUUCCAAAUCUUAAAGCCUGCCGACAAGAAGCCAAGGUAUCCUCCACCAAGCAGUAUGGGAAAUAACCGACCCGUUACUCCACCAAGGAAAGCCAAAAGAGGCUCCAAAUAA